UCACGUGGAUCAGUGGGCUCAUCUCAGCCGCUGUUAAAAAGAUCAAAAUGCCCAAAAAAAGCAAAGCAAAGACUGCAAAGAGGCAGAGCAGCGAUGACGAGCAGCUCCCUGCCAAACAGAGCCGAGCCAAUCACAGCGAGGCGCCCUCGCCGCUGAGCUUCAGCAGCCCAGAGAGCCUGUUUGAGAGCCUCAUCCAGCCCCUGGGCUCAGAGCACUUCUUCAGGGACUACUGGGAGAAGAAGCCCCUCCAUCUGCAGAGGUCUGACCCCAGCACAGCCUCCUACUACCAGUCUCUGUUCCAGCUGUCUGACCUGCAGAGCCUGUGUUCUCACCACCUGGAGUACUGCAGGGACGUCAACGUCGUUCGCUGCGUCAACGGCAAGAAAAAAGUGCUAAACAAGCAGGGACGAGUUAAGAACGGCGACCUGAAUAAAAACUUUGUUCAGAAUAAGGCCACCAUCCAGUUCCACCAGCCACAGAGGUUCAAGGAUGAGUUGUGGAGGAUCCAGGAGAAGCUGGAGUGUUUCUUUGGAGGUUUGGUGGGCUCCAACGUCUACAUCACACCACAGGAGUCCCAGGGCCUUCCAGCUCACUAUGACGAUGUGGAGGUAUUCAUUCUGCAGCUGGAGGGACAGAAACGUUGGCUUCUCUACACGCCGACUGUUCCGCUGGCAGCAGAGUACAGCGUGGAGUCAGAGGAGAGGAUCGGCAGCCCGACCCAUGAAAUCAUAAUGAAGGCUGGAGAUCUUCUGUACUUCCCCAGAGGAACCAUCCAUCAGGCCAGCACACCAGCAGGAGUGGACCACUCCACCCACUUGACUCUCAGCACUUACCAGAGAAUGUCGUGGGGAGAUUUGCUGUUGGACGUAUUUCCCAGCUUGCUGAGCGACCGCAGCAAGACUGAAGUGAGCCUGAGAGAGGGCAUGCCCCGGAGACUCUUACUGGGUAACAGUGAAGGCCUGGACACCUGCAGACAGCUGGCUGCCGGCCUCAGAUCUCUGGCUGAUGAAAUGGAAAGAGGGAAGCAGGAAGUGCGCUCGACUCACAUGAAGAGAGACUUCAUCACCAACAGACUGCCACCGUUCUGCCAGCAGGAGCUGCUCACACCAGCUGGGAAGAUUCCUGCCUUGGAGGAUACGGUGUGUUUGAGUUUCAAGGAUCAUAUGGUGAUAACUGUGGAGCCCAGCCAAGAGAACACAGAUGAGGCCACAGAGCUGGUAGUCUUCGUCCUGCAUUCUUUGAAGAACCAGAGGGAGAGCCACAUGAUGGGUGAAAGCUUCGAUGAAGACGAGGAAGAGGACGUCUCCAGGGGCCUGCAGUUCCCUCUGUCCCACCUCCAGGCCCUGCAGCAGCUCCAGCAGGCGGAGCAGCUGACUGUGGCCCAGCUCCAGCUGCCCACACAGGAGGACAAACUCAGUCUGGUCCUGGCUCUCUGGAGCGAGAGUCUUCUGGUGGUCAAAUAGCACACCACAACGUCAAAAUAUCACUAAAGUCAAAUAUAUUAAAUCCACAUCUGUCGAUAUUUAUAUUUACUUACGUCUCAUUGUGCUUUUUUUCUGGCUCCUCCUUAAUAAAGCUGCCAUGCCUCCAGUAACUACAUUUUUGGGUCAAAGGUCAAAUAAAUUGUUUUGGUUUUUUUUAGCAUAAAAAUUACAUCAUCAAUAUAUAUACACAAAUCUUUGAAUAGAGUUGUUAAAAAGUUUUAAAUACAUUUAUAACAAAAUCAAUUUGAAAAUGUUUAUUCACUGAAAACAAAAGUGAUGUAUCAUUGUAUUUAUGUUAGUGUUAGUUAGUUGGUAGUUCCAUUUAUUAGGGCCUCGGGGCAAUCGCACCGAGCACUGGGAACAUGGAUGUGUUAGCAGAAUUGUUGUUUACACUACAGUUCAUUUUAAUUGUUUUUAAAUAAACAUAUUUGGGUUAAGGCAUUGAGUGGAAAAAUAACUCUGUUCCAGUUCAAA